AUUGCUGACUUGUUGGGAUUCUUCUUCUUCCCUAUGAUUUUAUGUUUAUUGCUCCCAUCAUUCUCAUUCACAAUUGUCUUGGAAAAACAAUUCAAGUUGAGAGAAAUGAUGAAACUCAUGGGUAUGAAGAUGAGAUACUACUUUUUAGUGACCUAUGUAUUCUUUUAUCUUCUCUAUUGUAUCUCUGCCGCAUUGUUUAUUAUUUUCUCAUUGAUUUUCAGAUUUAGAUUCAUUACCCAAACCAAUCCGUUUAUGCUUUUCCUCUUCUUUAUUGCCUGGGGUAAUACUUUGGUUAGUUUUGCUUUCCUUUUGUCAUCAUUUAUUGGUAAAACCAUUGUUGCUACCAUUAUUUCCUACCUCAUUGUCCUUAUUAUGCCUAUGGUAGGAAUCAUUUUGGAAACUGCAGUCUAUACUAAUGUUCCAGAAGCAAGAUUUGGUUUGUUGACAAUUUUCCCGUUACAGAUAACUCAUUUUGUCUAUGCUGCCUCAAGUUCUUGCAAUUCAUUUGAAUGUUUGAAGAAGGUUUCUGAUAUCUAUGAUAACCAAUCUGUGUUUUAUUCCUUAAUUUAUAUGGUUGGUAUGUCAUUUGUGUACUUUAUCCUUGGUUUGUACUUUGAUGCUGUUGUUCCUCAACCAUUCGGUGUCUCUAGACAUCCUCUCUUCUUUUUGGAAUGGAUUUGGAAACCAUUCACAAGAAAUAGAGUGAAGAGUAAGAAUGGAACUGCCAAGAAUAGAGUCAGUCCAUGCUCUAAACAAGAAAAUCAAGAUGAAGAAAUAGUUCAAAUGCAAGAACAUGUGAAAAAGUUGAGAGAAGAUAAUGGUGUUGUUCUCUUUAAUUUAGAAAAGACCUAUGGUUUGAAUAGAGCUGUAAAGGGUACUUGUUUGACCAUUGGUAAAUCUGAAUGUUUCGGGUUAUUGGGAAUGAACGGUGCAGGUAAAUCUACUACCAUUUCCAUGUUAUCUGGUAUGUUUGGUCCAAGUAAUGGUACAGCAUACAUAUAUAAUAAGGACAUUAGAUAUGAUAUGGAAAGCAUUCACAAAAUGAUGGGUUUGACAGCUCAAUUUGACAUUUUAUAUCCUGACCUUACUUGUGAAGAACAUUUAUUAUUCUACAGUAGACUGAAAGGUAUUCAAUUGAAACAUGAAAAGGAACAUGUUCAAUCCUUGUUAAGACAAGUUGGUUUGGAUAAUGAUACACUGAAAACUAAAUGGUCACCAAACUCUAGCUCACUUUCAGGAGGUAUGAAGAGAAGAUUAUCUAUUGCUAUUUCACUGGUUGGUGACCCUAAUGUCAUUCUUCUUGAUGAACCUACCACUGGUUUGGAUCCUCUCUCAAAGAGACACUUGUGGGAUAUUAUUCUCGCUCAAAAGAAAAAUCGUACAAUUAUUUUGACUACUCACUCUAUGGAAGAAGCCGAUGUCUUGUGUGAUAGAAUUACAAUCAUGAAUAAGGGUUCUUUCAAGUGUCUUGGAUCUGGUGUCAGAUUGAAGAGUAAAUUUGGUGAUGGUUUCUUAUUGACUGUCAGUUAUGGAGUUUCAAGUCAAGAAGCUGCUGAAAAGUACGUCUACGAUUAUGUUCCAGAAGCUCAAAAAGAUUUAACACUCACUGGUACCACUACUUUCAAGAUUCCAUUCUUCAAUACCAAGCAAAUUGGGGAAACUGUUGCAGAUAAUAGAUCUAUUGCAGGUCUCUUCCAACAUAUGGAAUCUGGUAAAAUCAAUCAUGGUAUUAAGGAAUGGGCUCUUAAUCAAGUAUCCCUCGAACAAGUAUUCUUGAAUAUU